CUGAAGCCAUAAAUAACUGCAGCAAGCAUAUGUCCAAUGAAAUUUGAAAGUAAAUCUUUGGAAAACGAAAUCAAUUAAAACCAAACAAGUGUAAAUAAUCAAAUGUGAAUGUUUUCCAGUGGCGGCUAAGUGAAAUUUCAUUAACGAACAAGAGCUUCCACAGCAACAACAACGUGGUUUGCAUAGGAAAACAUCAAUGAAUGGUGAUAGCCAACCAAACAUUGAGUCAGCCAGUCAACAAAGGCCACAUUUCAAGCCAAUGAAUAGAUGACAAAAGAAAAAUGAUUUGAAUUUGCCAUACUCCGCAUUCAUAAGCUGAGCUAUUUUUCCAACACACACAUUAAUUCCGUCAAGUGAAAAGUAUGAUACAAACAUCAUACCCGUACAUACUCUUGCUGGAGUAUAAGUAACAACGUUGAUUAACAAGCCAUAACUUUGGAUUUUUUUCUAUGCUGCAAGUUUCCACUGAAAUUCAAUCAUUUUUAUGGAUUAACUCGUAUUAAAAGUGACAGUAGCCGGAAAACGCUCUGUGCAACCCUCCCAAAGGCGCUGAGAUAACGAAGUGAAGGGGUUUUGCAAAGGAGUCUCAUAUCAACUCAAUCCUCAUGUUGGUAUCCCAUCCGUACAACUGUACAGUGGCCAAAUUAAAUGUCAACAACAUAUCAGCAUCAACAGCACCAGCACCAACUUCAACAUCAUCCUUUAGCAGUUUUGGCGACUAAGCUGCAGCAUUAGAAGCUGAAAACAAGUGAAAAUUAUAAUUAAUUUUUUGAAAGUGAUAUUAAACCCGAAAAGAAUUUACCACCAUUUGAAUUUUAUACAACGUUUGCAACAUGGUGAAUGCUGUUAUGGAUGCAAUUGCGCUCUUAAGCUCUUUGGCCACCGAUUUGGAUAUAAUGCUGAAUGACCUGAGGUCAUCGCCAAGUUCACGCCUAAGCUCAAAUUCACAUCAUUUACAACCACGCUCUGCCAGCUCAACAUACACGCCAUUCACACUGAAUCUUGGCACGAGCCCAACCUCCCCACACGAAUCAACAUCAUCGCCGGUGACAGUAACAAAUCACUCCUCACAACAACUCUAUCGGCAUAAUGCAUUGCGAAGCAAUUACCCACAGCAUACGGAACAGAAAUCCCACAGAGAGGAGAGUAGUGACAAUAGCCAAGCCUGCAACUAUCGAACAAAUCAACAUCGACAGCAACAGCAACAGCAACAGCAACAAUCGAAAGACAGUCAAAGUUCAUCACCAUCAAGGGGGACAGUGGAGCAGCAACGACAAUCUCCUCUAAGUGCAAAUCGCAAUCUGCAGCAUCAGCAACGAUUCAAUCAAAAUGCAGACAAAGGCAGCAGCAGUGCCAGCAGUUGGCUACAUGGCCCCCAGCAUGACAGGGAUGCCAACAGUGAUAGCAACAAUAACAACAACAACAACAAAAGCCACAACAGUAGCCAAAAUACUGAAGAAAUUAUUUCGUUUGCUGGCCCAGCCAAUACCGGAAACUGUGCCAACAGCAACGACAGCAACAACUCCUCAACAACAACACCAUUCCAGGGAUUCUCAACAGAUGUUACUCGUGUAUCCAAGCUGCCGCUUUACACCUAUCAGCACAAACAGUUGCAACAGCCCCAAACGUUGCACAUCAAACUGUUGCAACAACAACAGGCCACAAAGGCCAUAGCAUCACAGGUAACGGAUGCCCAGACACAAAAUGUGGUCAAUAGACACAAGAUGAUGGCAACAACGAGGAUGACGGCCACAAUGGCGGCGGUAUCUUCUACGGAGGUGAGUGCGGUCCCUGGUUCGGGGACCACCGGCAAUUCGAGUAAUUGCAGCAGCCACGGCCUGGCAACCAACAACAAUUCCAAAACAACAACAACAACAACUACAAGCAACACUUCAACUAGAACAACCACCACAAAUCCAUUAUCGACCACUUCCACAUCAUUGGAUUUUCGAAUAAAAUCUUCCAUAUCAACCACUCAGCAGAGGGGCGCAGUAGGUCGCUCCGCCAGCGGUAAUGGAGACUCAACUCAUAUUUGCAACAUAAAUUCUUCAGCAUCAUCGUCCACGGCAACGGCCUGCACCAGUUGGCAGCUGCAAUCAACAUCAUCGACAACAACCGCAACAUCAACAAGUUUUUUCAGAUCCUCUGACUCCACAUUAACAGCGUCAGCAUCACAGACGGCUUCGACAACAGUGGGGCCGAAUAAUCAAUUAAAAUCAAAUUCAUCCAACUCAACAGCAACGACGCCAACUACAAACAACAACAACAACAAUGUAAGCUCUAGCAACAGUAGUGGCGGCGGCUUAAACAGCCAUCAACGUCUACCAUUUUGUGGUUUAGAUUCCAUUAAAGGAAGUGACAAUAAUGGUAGCGAUGGCUCUAUGGGUGGCAAUGGAAGUGUUGUUGGUGGUGUUGGUGCCGCCACCAUUUCCUGUGGCGGCAAAAGCAAUUUGAGUUUUGAUCUGAAUCUGCAGAAUGGCAGCAAGGGCUCACAUGGCCUUUCGUCUGCUGCUGGUCACAUAAUGCCCCUGGUGACGGACAAUGGUUCGGAACAAUUUCAUUCACUCGAUGCCACCGAUAGCUGUGGCGAUGGACAAUUCGAAGAUGACAUGCAAGCAUUGCUGCCAAAAUGUUCUCGGCUAUCCAGAGAUGAAUUAAGUCAGUCCCGUACAUCUCUUGUCUCCAGUUCAGAUGGUGGCAUUUUGGCCGAGGGUGAAACAUCGAGUGAAACUUCCCGUGGUUCUGAUGAUUCGCCACCCUGUGACUUGGGUCUGGUGGAGCGUUUGCUGUUGACACAUCCAAUGUGGUUUUUGCCUGGCAUACAGCGUUCUGGAGCCGUUCACUUUCUGCAAGGAAAAGAAGAGGGGAACUUUAUUGUUCGUGGUUCAAGUCAACCCAAUACCAUGGCCGUUUCGGUGCGUCUACCUCCCGAUACAGGACCAUAUAUCGAACAUUAUCUUAUACAGUCAAAUGACGGCAUACUUUGCCUGGAAAGUUCUCGCUUCAAAUUUGAUUCGAUACCUUCCUUGAUAGCUCACUAUGCCCAGUGUUGUGAUGAAUUGCCCGUACAGUUGGUAUUGCCGCGGGCCCUCAGAGAGGUUAAAAAUCGUCAGCAGCUUUCAUCGUUGGCUCUGCUGGGUCAGGAAUUCUGGCGUUAUCCCAUGUCCUGCCCGAAGAGCACAGAUCAAGAGGCUACUUUUCUCGAUGCUAAAUCGCCCAACUCCAUAACGGAAACCAGUGGAAUUGGCACCACAAUCUUCAGCAAUUCGGGAGGCAGUAGCAGCGCUACUGGGGUCAUGCAAAAUGGCAAAGUCUUCAGUCCCAUCAGCAAUGCCACCGGCAUUUUCAGUCAAGCCGGUACUCCCUCGGAUACCAACUCCAGUAUGAGUUCUUUCACCACCAGUGGUGGUCAAAACAUGCAGCUGAUGAGUCCCGAAUCUGUUGAUUCGGUUAUACUUACUAUGUCUCCAGUGGAUAUCAAUAAUCAACGAAAUGGCAUUUUGGGCUUGGGUCAAAGCUCAGCGGACAAUUUUAAGACAUCCUGCAAUAAUUUGUCCACCUUCAAAUCGAAUGCCAUACAAAAUGCCCCUCAAAAUAAUUUCAAGAAUUCAACCAAGAAUAUCAUGGAACAAGAGAUACGAACCCAAAGGCCCAAGCCUCCAAAUACCUUGAAUUUGGAUUUGCGUAAGGCAGCACCAGCUCCGCCCAUGCGCUGGUCGAAACCCUUAUCGCCCAAUAGUCCCCAACCUCCUACCGACAUCAAUGGUCUCAAUGCUGCCAAUAAUUUUACUGUUACCACCACAGUAACAUUCUCCGUGGAUAAUGCCUCCACACCGCAAUUUGUGGAGGUAACCACACCAGCUGCCAACAAUGCUUUGACAUCUGUCAUUAACUCCAAUACAACGUUCCAGACAUUUUCGAAACGUUUGUCUCCCGAGGGAGAAUGCAAAGACACCAUGUCCUCCCAAGGCUCUUCGGGGGGUAGCAGAUGGCAGUCGCACAGCAGCAAAGACUCGAAUAGCAGCCAACGCAAAGCUCCUUCGCCCAGCACCCCCACAAAUGCUUUGUCCACUGGUGGUGGUAAACCCCGCAAAUCCAAGACUCGCAAAGAGUCCAAACAUUACCAAGAAUCGGAUAUCUUGGAGAGCCCGGAAAUCUAUUGCCGCAGCACUUUACAUGACAAGAUCAGCGAUUAUGAGGACUUGUGGUCACAUGAUCCCAGUGAUAGAACCGGUUUGUUAACCAGCUUCAAGCCACCACCUGAUGGCCAGCAGGGAAAGCGACCCGAUUUGUUAGCGGAAACACCUCCAAUUACCUCUUCCUCGAAUACAUCUGCAACAACGCCUGCCGUUACAACUUGCCCGCCUUUACCACACACUGCCGACUCGCUUACCAUGAUGUCGUCCGAAACGACCUCAGAUACCCAACAACUGUUGAAAUUCUCUGAAGACUCCAUACCUCGCUCGCGUGCUGGUCUUAUCUUGCCUGGUCUCAUGACCCAAUCCUUAUCCGAAGAUCAAGUUUUCAAGUCCGAAGCCACAGAGGGUGAUACGACACCCACCCAAACUCCUGUGUCACGCAGCAAACAGGGCAGCCCAUUCUAUGCGGAACCUGCUGAUGCCCUUAAACAGGCUGGACUGGCCACUGCCAGCAUUUUAAGACGUUCCCAGCGCGGACCCUUGUUGCCAGCAAAUCAUCGCCACUCAGAGCCACCAAAAGGUGGUUUUGUUCGCACUCCCAUGUGCCCAAUGUUGGUGCCAGCUGAAAUUGAGAAGAUCGCCGGUAGCCUAGAUGAAUUGAAGAAAAAACAACAGCAACAGUCACAGGCCCAACCGCAGCAACAACCCUCCAAGAGGGCUCGCGGCCGUUUCGAACAAUGGCAAUUGGAUAGCAGUUGGGAGUUCAUGGCCAAAGGCGAUCACAACGAGGGAGAGUAUGGUGAUUAUGAUUCUGCCGAGCAUUGGAAGGAGCCAACCACAGGCGAUAAUCCGAACAAGGAAAACUCCCUAAAUCGUGAGGCAAACAAAGAGAAUAAACAAAAACCUUUGACCAUCCAUCAGAUCAUUGCCAAAAGACAUCCCGACCUAAACCUGCCCGAAUUAGUAAGAUGCUCCACUCCGCCACAACAGAAUCAGCAAGCUGUAGCCAAUAAAAAUCUCAACGAAUUGAAUGGCAGCCAAAAAUCGUUUGAAUUGUCACAAAACAACACUUGCCGGCUCUCGUCCUAUGACAAUGUGGAGCGCAAUUAUCCACUCAGUCAAUGCUUUUUCAAUGGCAUGGAUUCAGCUCAAUCGGAUGACGGCACGGUAUUCUCCGAACCCUGGGAUUCAUCUCAGUGGGAUUCAUUUUUGCCACAUGAUGAUACCACCCUAAAUUCAGAUACUAUACACUUGUCAAAGUGUCGACCAGCCCUCUCUGAAGAUGACACCAUCAUUGAAGAGCUCUCCACCAAAGAACUAAACAGUCAAGACACAUUGAAACCGAAAAAGACAGGUGGCAAGCAUGCCACUAUUCUACGUAAUCCCAGUAUACGAGAUCGAGAAAUUCUAUGUCACCCACGCAACAAAAUUAAUCUGUACAAUGGUGGACCGGGCGACACUGUGCGAGACUACACUCUACUUUUGGCCUCGGACCAGUGCACUACCUUUGCCCGCAAUAUUGAGAAUUUCAUAUCGUGCACCAAGGAAUCCCGAGAGGCGGCACCCCAAGUAGUCAUGCGCAACAUGCGUCAAUUCAUGAACGGCAUGAAAAACUAUUUGGUCAAACAUGGCGAAGGCAAAUUCCACCAGGAGGUCGAAUCGGCUCGCUCUCGCCUCAAAUCUGAUGAAUUUUUGAAUCUAGAUGCCAUUUUGGAAACUGUGAUGCAUCAAUUGGUUGUGCUACCCCUAAGAGAACAUUUGUAUGGCAUGUUUGUGGACUACUACACCAGAUCGGAGGACAUACAGCUAUUGGCGCAAAAUGUCAAAUACGCUUGUGGUCGGGCAGCCAAUGAUUUUGGCAUACGAUCCUCUGUCACUCCGCCCUCAUCCAAUUCCUUGCAAAUUAUAUCAAAUCUGUUGUUGCGCCUGCAAGAGGCUGAAUUGCCAUUAGAGAAACUAGAACUAUUCUUGUGUGUUAUAUCCACCAUAUUUGAUGCCACCGGCUGUCCCCGAGGCCAGCAAUUGGGUGCCGAUGACUUUUUGCCCAUAUUGGUGUAUGUGGUGGCCAAGUGUGGUUUUGUGGGAGCCGAAAUUGAGGCUGAGUUCAUGUGGGGUCUAUUGCAGCCGACUCUUUUGAAUGGGGAGCCUGGCUAUUAUUUGACCGCCCUUUGUAGUGCGGUUCAUGUUUUGAAAAGCUUCAUGGCAUCGGAGAAUGAAAGUGGCACUGGUUCCUUGGAUUGGCGUUCUUCAUCCCUUCCCGCCUGUUCUUCAGUGCUGAGGGUAAUCAUACCCGAUGAAUGCAAUGGCUCUCUGCAGACCCGCACCCUACCCGUAAGACCCCAUACAACAACGCGUGAAGUUUGCCGCAUCAUUGCCCACAAAGCCCGCAUUACGAACCCCCAGGACUAUGCUCUCUUCAAGUUGGUCGAUGGCGAGGAGACCCCGCUCAAUGACAACGAGUGUCCCCAAGACAUACGACUGGCUGCCAAAGGCAAACACUGCAUGUUGGCCUACAAGCGCAUCGAUGCCAAAAUAGCCUGGCCCACAGCUACCCAGCCAAAUUUUAAUUAGACACUUUCAAUCGAUUCCAGCAUUGAAACAUGACUUAAUUAUUUAUAAAAAAAAAAACAACCAAUUCCCUUCUACAAUUUUUGAAUAUGUUUAAGCCUUAAACAUUUGCUCAAACUAAUUAACAAAUUUACGAUGUGCAUAAGCGCUCCCAAGUUUUUUUAUCUUAUAAGUCUAAUUUAAGGAUGUACUAAAAACAGUAUUUAAAAUAAGUUUUGUUUUUUAAGCAACAGACAUGAACGUUAUGUGCUAAUAGAAUUUGAAAGUUUACCAACUUUCGCCGAAUAAAAUGCAAAUAAUACGUUUGAAAUGUAUAAAAGAGAGAGAGAGAAAAAGAAAACACAAUCAUUUCGGAAGGAACCAUAAAAUAGUGUACGAGUAUGGUUGGAUAAACAGAGAAGCUUGUAAAUUUUUUGAAUAAGCAUAAUUUAAAAAAGAUAACAAUUUAAAAAUUAUAAAUACAAUAUCAUUAAUAUUUAAAAAAUAUUAAAAAAAAACAAACAAACAAACACACACACACAUCCAAAAAUAAAAGAAUAAACUUUUUAUCCCUUUUUCCAAUCAGUUGUGUAGUUGAACAUAUUACGGAACAUUUUCGGUUUCACCCAAACACUCUUAAGUGCAAUAAGCGAACCCUGUUUCAACUUGUUGGGUUCAAGGGUAUUCAAGUUGGACUCUUCAAGUCCUUGCUUGUUGCGUUCCCCUUGCUAUUGUUCUGCAUCAUUUGUCUAUCCUUUUGCCAAUUGUUUUAACUAUACAUACCUACUUAUAUAUAUAUAUAUAGCAUACAUUCUUCCUCUUCUUAGUAUUUAUAAUAUAGAAUUUGUUUUAUUUUUCUUUUUUGAUAUGUAUUGAAUACAUUUUAAUCUUUAAUGAAUUAAUAAAUCGUAAUUAUUUAUCGGCCCACAUUUGUGUACAUUUCAACAAAAUUCACAUUCAAAUCAUUGCUCCGUAUUAAUCUAUUCAUCGAUCAUUAAUAAUCAUUAACAUUUAAUCGAAUAAUAAUUUAAUCGUUUAGAAUUAAAUCUACUUUUGUCUUACAAAAGCACACAACAACAACAACAACAACAACCCCCCCCCCC